AUGAGAGUAUUAUCGUAUGUACUUAUAUUGAUGAUUGCGAAGGCAUCACCAAUGUUGCCGGAUUUCUCGGAUCCCGUCAUCAUUGUAGGAGGUGGCCUAGCCGGCCUAUCAGCAACACUAGAAGCAAUCCAUGAAGGUGCAAACGUUAUUGUAAUCGAAGGCGAGAAAGAUUUUGGUGGCAACAGCCAGAAGGUUUGUUUUAAAGAUGAAAAAAAGCUUCGUUGA